AUGGUUCCGUGCAAAGGCAGCAGGACUGUCAUCCCUCCGCGGCUGGGGCUGAGAUGCGCUGUCGUGAAACGAACUCUCGGCGGGCGACCGCGCUCUAGACAAGGCACCACCGCCCACUAUGCUUGGGGACAGCGCGGGUACAGGGUCGACAAACGGCGCGCCUUGGAUGCGCUUUUCAUCGUAAUCCUCGAGGAAACUUGCCAGGAACAUUUUGUAGACAUCCCCAUCGGCAUGAUUGGUGUCAAUUAUGUCUCUGCACGGACGACCAGAUUUGAGGAACGCCUACGAGAUGGGCUUAUCCACCAGAUCGGGUCUCCGACUGAGAUGGUUGUCCAGGCGAUAAAGCCGGCUAAUAGCUUUUGGGUGAUGACCGAAGCGGAUGAAUUGGAUACUUAUGGGGCGUCAUCUCGCUCGGCGGUCGGUUUGGUUACCCUGCCAGCUCGCCUUAUCCCCGUUGAUGAGACUGGCGAGGUAGCUGUCGAGGUCUUCCUCGCCAUUUUCCUCCCACAGGCCGUCAGUCAGGACCAUCUUCUUCAAGAAAUUAUUUUGUUUUUGAUCCUUCUUCGGCUUGAGUCCAAGAGACUCGUCUCCUUUCGUAAAUAUCAGUUCCAUGCCGUCGUUGUCAUACCCCAAUGA